UCCCAUGGGGCUAUUUACUUCAGUCUGGGUGAGUUUAAUUGCUAUUCCACUUCGUACUCCCAUUUCUAAAAUACUUCCAACUUUAAUUAUCAGGCUCUCAGGUGCGCAGUGCCGAAAUGUCGCCUGAAAAGCGAAAGAUAUUCCUGGAUGUCUUCGGAAGCCUCAAGCAACGUGUCCUGUGGAAGUUUGAGAACGAGUCAGUGCCCAAUCUUCCGGCAAAUGUUAUGAUGAAGAGUUGGCUGCCUCAGGCCGACAUCCUGGCACACCCCAAUGUAAAAGUGUUCUUUGGCCAUGGAGGUACCAAUGGCGUCAUAGAGGCGAUGCACUAUGGAGUUCCGAUGCUCGGCAUGGCCAUUUAUAGUGAUCAGUACCAUCACGUCAAUCAGGGCAAGAAGGCGGGCUAUUUAUUGGAUCUGGAUUACCGGAAGGUGACGGAGGAAGAGCUCAGGGAAUCCCUGCUGGAGCUGAUCGAGAACCCCAAGUACAGGAACAAUAUGAAGCAGGCGUCUAAAGUGUUCCGCGAUCGACCCCUCAGCGCCAUGGAUACGGCAAUGUACUGGAUAAACUAUGUGAUUGAACACCAGGGGGCUCCACACAUGGUCUCCGCUGGAGUCCACUUGCCUUGGUAUCAGUUCUACCUCCUGGAUAUUGUCGCACUGGGCUUGGGCUGCAUCCUACUGCCCAUUCUGCUGCUGCUCCUUAUUUGCCGCAGACGCAGGGCCCAGAAGAAGACCAAGCAGGAAUAG